AUGGACCAGCAACUCCGCGAGAUCGAGGGACUGCUGGAAACAAACACACAUCCAGUAUCUGAAGACGCUGCCACCAAAAUCAAAAAAUAUGUUAAACUCGUCCUACCGCACGUUGCCCUCGUUGCCGUUGUUUGCUUGUAUGCAGUGAUUGGUGCGUAUAUUUUCUAUCGGUUGGAGUCACCAAACGAAGAUCGGUUAAAAUCCGUGGGCAAAGCACUGAUCUCUGACAUGCGUGGAAAUCUAGUAACUCUAAUUAGGACCGGGAGCGGUAGUAAGGAUGAGUGGCGAAACUCCGUAGAGGGAGAACUCUACCGAUUUAACGAUAAGAUUUAUAAGGCAUUCAAAGAGCAAUACGUAAGGUACGCAGACGUACGGGUGACGCAAACCUACCCAUGGUCGGUGAAGAAGGAAGACGGGGAUCGACCGAAAAGGCACAGGAACACCAAAUUACGGGGAGAAAAAAGCGAAAAGAUGUGGACGGCCAGCAGUGCUCUGUUUUUUGCCGCAACAACCAUGGCCACAAUCGGUUAUGGGAACAUUGUUCCUGCCACCUCAUCUGGCCGUAUUGCGUGUGUGGUGUUCGCUCUUUUCGGUGCCCCGUUGGCUAUCAUCACUAUUGGAGAUCUAGGCAAAUUCCUAUCCGAAUGCACAAUCUGGCUCUACAAAGAAAUGAAGAAAGGGAAAGCACUAUUGCGUACUCGAUGGCGACGCUUUCGGGGACUCAGUAAAGAACACCAGGACGCCGAGUCCCAAUCGUCUAGCUCACGAUCACUUGAAUGGGAGGAUCUUGUGAUGGAUAAGACAGAAGUGCCGGUCUUUAUGGUGUUCACUAUAUUACUGCUCUACAUCGCGUUUGGUGGGAUUCUGUUCUCAUUUCUCGAAGGGUGGACAUAUAUGGAUGCCUUCUACUACUCAUUCAUCUCGUUAACCACUAUAGGGUUCGGCGAUAUUGUUCCUGAAAACCAUGACUAUAUUGUGCUGAUGCUAGCUUAUCUUGGUAUCGGCCUAGCCGUAACCACUAUGUGCAUCGAUCUCGUCGGAAUACAAUACAUCCAAAAGAUUCACUAUUUCGGAAGGAAGUUCCGAGGGACCGAUUUGCUACAUCUCUUGAAGCGAAAACGAAUGAUUGAAAGAAGGUUGGCUAUGGGUCAAGGCGAGGAAAUACUGCAGAUGUACAUCCAGCAGAUGCAGAGCCAAUUGCCCGAUCCGGUAGUGGUAGAUCAGCAAUGGGAAGAAGAUAAGACGUCAAGCCAUCUAGAAUGGCAAAUUGACGAUGCGUUAGUGAGCAGUCACUAUAGUUAUGAUUUCCCGCUAGCAAUUCACGUGCCUUCACCAAAUGUUCUUUCUAUUAGGAGUUAUCGCCCACCCAGCAUAUAUAGUAAUACAUCUGCCUCGGCACGAUCGUUCAUGCUCAAACGAUGGCGUUCACGCGGAGAAUCCUGGGACGAGUCGGGUCCGUCCAUCUCCGAACAUUGCUCAUUAUCCACAGAGCCAUCAGUUCAUAUCAGACAGGCGUACUGGGACAACUACCAGUCACCGAAUGCUUCACUUUCAUCAUUUGAGUACGAAGUUCCAUUGCCAAGUCCAGAUUAUCAGGGAAUCGCGCUGUCUGCUCGUCGCUCUCGUCGGUUGCGAUCAUGUCCGUCCGGUAUAACGGUGCCUGCAUCACAGUCUGUAAGAAACCGAAGUCUUCCUGAGUCCGCUCGCCGUCAACCCUGCUUUUGCACGCAGCACGAUCCGCUUUUGUUCUCUCCCCCGCUUUCGUUUCGUAUUUCGAAACCGUUUAUGCUUUCCAAGCUUGCUGUACAGUGUGAUUCGCCUCCUCCUGAUGUGCCUGUUGGUUUCGAAUCUCCGCCUGUGCCGCGGCUUUCCCCUAUGGAAAACGUGCAACAGUCAGAGUUGUGCUAUCCACGAUGUUUUACUCCUAGUGUUGUGAAUGAAACUAUAGGAAUACCACGGCUAGAGUUAAGCGACUCGCCACCGCCAAGCUCUCGGCGUUCGCAUCGAUUUCGCUCAACUCUUUUCUCUAUUCCUGAAUGGAGACAGUCAUCGGUUGUAGGAGAUCAAGAAGGAGAUCCAGCACCUUUGAUGAAGCGGAAGAAGAGGGAGCGACUAGCGCGCCUGAAUGAUCCUCUGCACAAUGUGGAUUGGCUGAACGUUAGCCCACGAGUGAUGCAACUUGUCAAGGAUGAUCUGCCCAAGUUGUUCGAGCAUGUGCGAGACGGAGCCUCAAGCUCCUCCUCUAUAGUGCUUGUUAGCCCUCGUACUCCUAUCGGAAUGGCAUGUAUGGAAGAUUGGGAUUCCUAUAUUCGGAUGCUUGAGGAAUACAAUAAGCCCUACGAGCGCGUAAUCCACGAGCCGGUGUCGCUGAACAUCAUGAUGACGUCGUCAAGGAACGAAUCUGCUCAACGGUCAGUGUCGAUUCCACUUGCGCCAAAGCCCAAGAUGGCUCCAACACCAUCGUCAGUCCAGAAACUGCCACCUACCAAUAGUGCUGCUCCACCUUGCGUGGUCGAUAUCACACGACCAACUCCACUUAAGGCAGCCGUACUUCCGCCACUGAAUUUGCUUCCUCCGCCGUCGUCACCUUCGCCUCCUCCGAAAGAUCCGACACCACCGCCUCGUGUAUCGACGCCACCCGAAACUCCACCACUACCUCCACCUACACCCCCAAGACUUCCAACACCUGUUACGCCGCCAGUGGAGUCUCCACCAUGUCCGCAUAACAUUCCUUCCACAUCGCGAGUAUCGACUCCUCCAAGAGAACCAAGUCCUCCGCGGAUUCAUUUGCCGGUCCAAUCUCCGACACCUCCAAGAAUCAAUUCGCCAAUCUUUGUGGACGUUGAGACGGAAGUGGAAGUGGUUCCAGAAGAACACGAACAUGUGCUAGUGCCCAGCGAAGCAGAGGACACUUCAAGCCCUGCACCGAUAGAAUCUUCUUCUGAGGAAGAAGACGGUAACGCUCACGAUUUAGAUCUAGGAGCAUUUGAGCUCGUCGAUUCUGGCAUGACAGCCGAGACGUUGCUCUCUACUGAGGAACCUGUUAUUUACCAUCAGGAUCUUCCUGUCCAUUCCGUACACCACGAUACUGUACAGACAGAAGCAGCGUUGGCUAACCUCAUGUCAGCGCCGUCCAGCAUGCUUACUGGAGCGAUACCACCGACGAUGGUUGAGGACAACUACUGUUUUGUGGUGGAUGGAGAACGUGUGCGAAUGGGGGACAUACUAGGCGAUGACCAGUGGUGGCGACAUACAUCACGACCAACGAAAUACUUCUACUCGGAAGAUUUGAGGCAGUUCCAUCGUGUUAACUGUAUCGCCGUCAAAGGAAAAGUUAUCACCGCCAAGUUGGCCUCUGGCUCUCUUCAGGUUCAUGCGGCGGCAGCGGCAUCGUCAGCAUCGACGCCAAGAUCGUCGGUGAGCGGUGCUUCUGCUCGUUCUCAUAACCGCGACAACAAGGUACCGCUGGCACACGUCUACAAAGUGAUUCGCUUCUACUCUUUCUGGAAGACGUGCACGUCAUUCCAUCGCAUCGUGACCAUGAUUGAUCGAGUGACCGACGACCGUCACGUGAAUCCUGACUUCAAGAAGCGUCUAUUCGUACAAUAUUUAUGGCGGAACGCGAAAGCUGUCGAGAAGGCACGAGUACAGAAGGAGUUCGAUCCUCGACGUCAACGACUUCUACGAUUCGUCACUGAUCCAAGCGCUAGGAAGAGAUUCGUAGAGGACGAUUCAUGCAUGUUUGCCGUAAUCAUCGAUGACAACAGAACUCCUAUCAUAUGUGAACCAGCAGUGAAAGUAUCAAAUCUUCAACGAGAGGAAUCGGAAGACUCGACAAUUGAUUUUCCCGUUGAAGUGAAUGCAAAUCCAUUGAAAUAUGGGAAAGAUCAAGACGAAGAGGUGUUGUUCCACUAUGGUGACACUUGCGAACCCGUGCCAGUGUUCUCAGUGGACGAGAAACCACUCGAUGGGCCAUCGACACUUACCAGCACGUUGAAAUGUCCUGUGAAAUACAUCAGCAAGAUCCCUCCAUCGCUGGUCACUGAUAAUCUCUGCUUCAUAUGUGAUGGCGAUGAAGUUGCUGUUGAAGACAUUUUGACGGAAUCCCAUUGGUGGAAACAAACCAGCAGUAGUACCAGAUUCUACUCUUCGGAUAAUAUGACCACCUUUCAUCAGGUAACCUUAAUCACAUGUCGAGGAGAAAUGAGGGGCGCGUACCGUUCACGAGUGCGUGGAGGUGGAAUUACGAAAGUUUCGCUGCACAAAGUGUUCCGAGUAUCACGAUUCUUCAGCUCUUGGAGAACUUGCCCUGGAUUUCAUCGUAUAGUAUCCGUUAUCAAUCCAGUUACACAAGAAGGAGAAAAGAGUAAUAAAUUCAAGAAAAGGAUAUUUAUUCAGUAUUUCUGGCGAUCUGAAAAGCCGCAUGAUCGUGCUCUUGUAACGAAAGAAUACCUCGAUUUCCGAGUUAAUCAGGCUGGAUCUUCACCUCGAACAAGCUUAGUUCCUCCACCUACAUCGGCGGUCUUGAAAAGCUCGUAUCCAUGGACAGCCUUAUCGGCACAAAGUUCACGCGAUUCCCUGGGCAACAUCUCGCCUCGGUCCUUGAGUGGACAGAAACGCGCUUCGCUGAAAUUCCGAACAAUUGCGAAGUCGUUGAAUUUCCGUGCGUGGAAUCGAAGACAAAGCAGCGUGCCGGCAGUGCUGUUGAACAACACCGGGCAGAACAACAACUCUUCACAGCCUUCUUAG